AUGUUUUCGUGUGAAGUGCAGCAGUGUGUUUUGUAUGUUAUUUUUCUACCAAAUAGCAUUAUGGAAAAUGAGGGAACGGGGGAGGAGAUGCCUGAGCCGAGGAGCGCGGACAGCGUGAGGGUGGCGGUCCGGGUGCGGCCUUUCAGCCAGAGAGAGAAGAACUCUGGAAGGCGCUGUGUGGUUUCCAUGCAUUCCCAAAGCACCACCAUCCAAGACCCUAAAAAUGGAGAGCAUUUGAAGACCUUCACCUUUGACCUGGCAUAUUGGUCUCACGACGGAUAUCAAAAGGACAAAGACGGCAUCCUUAUUCCAUCUAAUCCAAAUAGUAAAUUCGCAGGCCAGAUCCACGUCUUCCAUGAUAUCGGAAGAGGAAUUCUAGACAGUGCCUGGCGAGGCUACAAUGCUACUCUCCUGGCCUAUGGCCAGACUGGCUCUGGGAAAAGCUACUCCAUGAUUGGCUUUGGCACAAACAAGGGUAUUAUUCCAAGAGUGUGUGAAGAGCUCUUCCAAGCUAUUAAGACGCAAAAAGAAAACAUAGAACUCCAGGUCAUGUUUAGCAUGCUGGAAAUCUACAAUGAACAGAUAAGAGAUUUGCUAUCUAGAACCAAGACUCCCGGAGGGUUGAAAGUCAGGGAAGAUCCACAGCUGGGCUUUUUUGUGGAAGGUCUGAAGUGGGUGCCUUGUGAGAAUUACGCACAGAUUGAAAAGCUGAUGGAGCAGGGAUCAAAAAUCAGGAUGACAGCUUCGACCAGCAUGAAUGCCAGCAGCAGCCGGUCCCACAUGGUCAUCACCAUCCAGUUCAAGCAGAUUUUCCUGGACACAGCCCUCACCAAGCAAUCCAGCAUCAACAUGGUGGACUUGGCAGGAAGUGAGAGGCAGAAAUCAUCAGGCGCUGAAGGAGACCGGCUGAGGGAAGGAUCGAGGGUCAAUUUAAGCCUCACCAGUUUAGGAAACGUCAUCAGUGCUCUGGCUGACUCCGCCAUGGGGAAGAAAGUUCUGCAUAUUCCCUACAGAGAUUCGGUUCUGACCAAACUGCUCCAGUCGGCUCUGGGCGGGAACAGCCGGACAACACUGAUUGCCGCCAUAAGCCCAGCUGAUAUCUGCUAUGAGGAGACCUUGUCGACACUGAGAUACGCCGAGAGGACUAAAAAGGUUCAGAACAAAGCUGUGAUCAACACCUGCGCGCUGGGGAAAGCAUCCAGGACGGAGAACAAGUCCCUGCUCGGAUUCGGGGGCACUGGAGCGGCAGAACACUCAGCUGGUUCCCUGGCAGAAUGGCAGCUGGGGAUUCGGGGGACCUGGGCCCACCUGCUGGAGCAGGCGCGGAAGGAAUGGGAGGAGCAGUAUGCGGCUCUCACGAAGGAGCAGCAGAUGAUAAAGGCUCUCCCACACCUUCUCAACGUCAAUGAGGACCCGCAGCUCACAGGGGUCCUCAAGUUCUUCAUCCACAAAGGCUCCUGUGAUGUUGGUCGGGCAGCUUCCAAUGCUAUUCGUCUUCAAGGCCUGGGAAUUUCGGAUAGACAUGCUUCCUUCGUGAACCUGGAUGGUCAAGUGUCAGUCGCUCCACACGGCAAGUGCAAGGUUGUUGUUAAUGGGGUACCUGUCACCAACAGGACAAAGCUGCAGCAUCUGGACCGCAUCAUCUUGGGAUCCAACAGUGCCUUCCUCUACAUCGGGUUUCCCUCGGAGCGAGGUGGUGAAGACUGGAGCAGAUUCGACUACGACUUUUUCCAGCUGGAGCGGGCAGCCGCCGAGGGAGUGAGUGUGGACAUGCUUGGUACUGGGAGCCCUGGAGAUGGCCAAGCCGAGCCCAGUGUCUUAGCUGUGUUCCAGGACUACAUCAAACUCAUGCCGCUGGUUGUGGAAGCAAACCAGAUGAGUGAGGAGCUAGAGAAGGGGCUCAAAAUGGAAUUGAAGGUGAAGAAUUUGGCAUCGUCAGAUUCCAGGGGCUACGACCUCCAGAAAGAGGUCAUGGUGAAGGUGACCAAGCCGAGGACUCACGAGGUAUGGAUUUGGUCAAAGGCCAAGUUUAUCAAUCGGAAAUUCCUGAUGGAGGAACUUUACCAGCGCUUUCUAGAGAGGGAAGCCAGCCAGGUGGCUCAGGAAGACGACCCUUUCUGGGACCCUGUGGAGGUUGUCCACUUGGGCUCGGCACACGUCUGGCUGCAGUCCUUGGCUUACUGCAUGAUGCUGGAGGAGCAGGUGGAGGUUCUGAACUGUGACGGGCUGCAGGAAUCAGUGCUGCACAUCCGCAUCACGCCCUGCUCCCCGGAGGGAUGGGCACACGGUGAGGAGGACAUGGUUAUUGACCCGCUGGAGCUACUGGGCAAGAGGAUUGACUUCCAGAUUCACAUCGUCGGGUGUCUUGGUGUCAAAUGGCUAAAGGAAGAUGCAAACCGGGGCAUUCAGAUGGGGUACAAAAUUUAUGACCUCCCAAACACUCUGUAUACCAAGCCUGUGUGGACAAAGAGUGUGAAUCCCCGAAUUGAAGAGACUGUCCACAUCGUGGCCUUGAGCGCAUCUCGAGAGUUUCUGGACUACUUACUGACGAAUGCGCUUAUCGUUGAUUUGUGGGGCCUCCAAGAAGGCUGUGCCGAGUUAGGGGUCUCUCAACUGGACAUCCUGCUCCCAGGUGAAGGCCACGUCAUGGUAGAUACCAAGAAAUUGUCCAGUGUGAAGAAUGUGAACCAGAUCGUGUCAAACCAGGUGCCAGAAAUUUAUCAGACACUGCUCAAGUUAGAGCAGGAGACGGAGCUGCUCAGAGAUGUUAACAGAGCCCUCAGAGAAGAAAACGUGUCUCUCAAGGCAUCACUGGAAAAAACUGGUUCUGCUCAGCAGGGUGAGAGACGAUACCACUGUGCCCAGAGGCCAGAUGACCCAAAGAGAGCUGGGGUGAGGGCACAGCUGCCUGCAGCCAGAGAGGCUACACAAAUGUGUGCUCAGCAAGCCAGCCGUGAUGCACAGCUGGCCAGAGCUCUGAAGGUGUUCUAUCAAGGCAUGAGCGUGGCCAGAGGACAGCUCCUCAGACUGAGGCAGUGCAGUCCUCCCGAAGAUGAUGAAAUGCUUCGACCUUUUGUGCACCAACAGUCACUGAUGCUCAAAGAUUUGGAAGACCUGCUUGAAUCCAGCUUACAGAAGCUGAAAAAUGAUGUUGCUGCCAUAGUGAAGAAGAAGAAGAAAGAGUAUCUACUGCAUACCCAACAGUGAAGAUGAGCAUGCUGAAACAUGCUCUGAGUUAAUGACUUCAUUGACUCACAUAACUGCAUCUACCAUUUUUAGGUAAAAUGCUUCCACUUGCCUCUUUUCUGAUAAGGCCUUGCUAUGUGGACCAAACUGGCCUUAUCUUGCCUCUGUAUCCCCAGACCCACACUGAGCCUUAAAUGGAUUUAAAAAUCUAUAAAAAAAAAUUAACAUGUAUACAGGAUGGUGAGGGGAGAUGUCUAUGGUGAAGGUCAGAACCUGGAACUCUGGAUUUGAUUGCUCACAUUCUACCCUUCUACAUUGUACAGUGUGGGGCAACUCACUGACCUCCCUUUACUCAUCGGUUAUCUGGGAUGGUUAAUGCUUACCACCUUCCUGGCAGAAUGCCUGGCAGAGAGUAUGCUCAGUAACAAGUACCAUCAGUGCUUUCCUGGGAAAUAGUUCACAUUCCUUUCCUUUUUCCUUUUUAAAAAAGAACAAUUUUGUUGUGUGUGUAUGUAUGUCUGUAUCUCUGUAUAUGUGUGCGGUACCUUUUUAGGCCAGAAGAGGGAGUUGGGUCAUCUGGAGCUAGAACUAGCGGCAGCCGUCAACCCACCUUGGUUGCUGGGCGCUGAUCUUGGGUCCUCUGGGAGACCUGCACAUGCUGUUAGGCUCUGAGCCAUUUCUCCAGUCUGUUCACUUGUUAUUUUUUGAGACAGAGUCUCACUCUUAACCCAGGCUGCCCUCGAACUCUUAGUGGUCCCUUCUGCUAUGAUCUCAGGUGUGAGCCAACAUGCCUGGCUUUUGCAUUCCACACUGUAAAUAACACCUGCCUGAUUAGUUGAUUUUGUUUCUUUUUGUUGUCAGAAAUAGACAAUAGUUAGUUCACGUUUUUUUAUUUUGUACCCUUGCUCUUGAACAAGUCCACCCAUGCACGAGUUUUCCCCUACUCAUUUCUAUUCAUAUGCUUAUUUGAAAUACAUUCAAUGGGCUCAGCCGCAGUAGUGACGUACUGUAGGAUCUCUGUGGUGCAGAGCUGAAUGUCAGCCAACUCCUUUCAGGAGACAGUCCAUCCUGCAGCGGAUAUUGGUCCCACAAAUGGUUGGUGAGUCUCAGGGACUUACAGACACUAAUACUCUAGGAAGAGUCUAUAAGAAAAUCUUUUAUGGCCAGGGAAACAUCUAGUAACAAAGCCACAAGAAUAGUGACCCUUGGGGCUGGAGAGGUGACUCAGAGGUUUAGAACACUGGCUGCUCUUCCAAAAGAUGCAGGUUCAAUUCCCAACACCCACGUAGCAGCUCACAACUGUCUGUAACUCAAGUUAUAGGAGAUCCAACAACUUUACACAGACAUACAGGCAGGCAAAAAGUACAUAAAAUUUUAAAAAGUUUAAAAAAAUAACAGUGAAGGUUAACACACAUUUACCAGGCGCCAGACUGCAAUCUUAAUUCCAAACAUUUGUUAACUUGUUCAAGUCUCAUGAUAAUUUAUCACUUAAUGUAUGCAGUACUUCCACAAAGGUUCCUCAAAACAACAAAAACAGAAUUAUCUUAUGAUCAAGCAAUCCCAUUACUGUGUGUAUACUCAAAAGAACUGAAAUCAACACGUUGAAAGCUAGCCAUACUCCAUGUCCACUGCAGCAAUAUUCUCAAGCUGAGGUAAGGCUUAAGUGUCCACCUAUGCAUGACCAGCUUUUUAAAUAUGACUUAUGUAUACAAGGGAAUACCACUCAACCUUAAGAGAAACAGGAUUGUUUAACUAAAUUGACAUGGCACCAAACCGCCUUCUAAAUAUUCAUAUUUAUACCUUUGUACAAAUGACAAUCAUCAUCAGAGAAGCUUCUCUUAGCAAUGAAUGGCUGUGAAUGCAGAGAAUCAUGGCUGGUCAAGGUACUGAUGAUAAGUGACAAUUAAAUGCUCAUCCCUAGACAGAACAUUUAUACCACCCCCUCUAAAGCUCAGAGAACACAGUGGAAGAGGGUGCUGAAAGAAUGUAAGAGUCGGAAGAGAGGAAAAUGACAGUGGAAUGCUUUGUUCUGGGCACGGCAUAGCAUCACAACCAUGAUCACCAGGCUGCAGCUGCCUGCCCUGGGCCUGUCACCUGGCAGUCACAGAUUGGGUGGGGGCUCGUCGGGCCCUGCCAUUCCCUGCUGAGCUGUUGACUGUGACAGAACUGGGGGCCAGUCUCUGUCUUCAGUUGUGUACUCACUGAUAAGCCCACUGGGCUCCAAUGGAUAGCUCCAAACCAUGGGUGCCCAGAGAGCCACGGUCAAACUCAGUGGGUAACAGAACAGAGUCAUGAGUGUUGGGAAGUGGUCUGUAGGGUUGCCAGGGGUUAAAGGGUGAUCAGAGAGGGUGAGGUGAGAGAAACCGGGAUGUAUUAUAUCCAUGUAUGAAAUUGUCAAAGAACAAAUAAAAGUUCUCUUUAAAAGCAGGGAAUUCUAAUCUGUGACAACACGGGUGAGCUUAGAGGUCACUGUGUUAAGUGAAUAAUCAAACUACACAGAGAGAUGCUGUGGAUUAAUCCUUCUGUACGCUGUGAAUAUGUAUUACUCUCAUUGG